CUGCCGGCCCGGGGAGCUCCGCGCCCGGGACGGGGAUGCUCGGGGAGCGGGGGGGUUUGAGGGACACCUGCUUGGCAAGCGGCAGAGCUCGGGAACCUGUUGGGUCGCGGGUCUGUUUCGGAGCGGCAUGGGCAGCCCUCGGAGCGCCGCGGCUGCCGGAAGGAGCGGAUCCCCCGUGCCCGCAGGGCUGAGGAUGCCGGGCACAGCAAACUCAGUGGCGGGCGGCAGCCGGGGCAGCGGGGCUUGCAGAGGAGCAGCCUGCCAGGCAGCGUGCCCGGGCUGUGCCUGCCGUGCCUCGGGCACCGCGCUGCUCCGUUCUCAUGCUUCUCCUCGCAUGAAAGGAAGCAGGGCCCCGCAAAUAGCAGGGUCUUAUGACACAGCCUCUGCCGGGGAAGAGCUCCGGGCGGCAGGGAAGGAUAUUUUUAGUGCUGAGACGCAGGGGAUUUGGAGAUCGCUCGGAGGAGUGCAGGCGAUGAAACCACGGCACACACAGGGGUUACGAGGUGCCGUGUCCUUUCUCUCCAGUCCCCCCUCCCGCUUUUCCCAGCAAGCAGCCCUGCCAAAACCACUGCCUCCCUCGCACUCGCCCGGUGCAUUUCCUCUCAUCGGGACUACGGCUAUUUUUUGCUGUGCUGCAACACGAGCUGAGAUGGAGCAGGCCCAGCGGAACCUGGAUGCCGAGCAGAUGCAGCAGCAGCAGCUGAAACUGCGGGACAGGCAGAAGUUCUUUGAGGAGGUUUUCCAGCAUGAUGUGGAUUUCUUCUUCCCCAUGUCUCACCUGCAGAUUGAGCACCGGAGACCCCCCUUAGGCAGCAUUUCCUCCAUGGAGGUGAACGUGGACAUGCUGGAGCAGAUGGAUGUGCUGGACCUGUCAGACCAGGACACUGUGGAUGUGUUUCUGGGCUGUGGGACAGAGGAGAGCAGCAUUGCUGGGUCUCUGCCAGGGGCAGAUGCCAGGCAGUGCCCAGAGGAGAUCACCCUGCCAGUGCCCAACGCAGCUGAGAGCAAGUCUCGCAUUUCCUCCACGUCCUCUGCCUCCACGGAUCUGAACAGCCUGGACACCAGCGAGGAGGGGGCCGAGACCCCCGUGGUGCAGUCGGAUGAGGAGGACCUGCAGGAGGACAGUCCCAAAGAGCAGGUGGUGAGAAGCUAGCAGGCAGCUCUGCCCUGCUCCCAGCCUCCUCCCUACGGACUCACCAGCCCGGGAAAGCUGCUGGUGCUCAGUUAACCCCACCCUGGACUGCUGCCCUGCCACAGGGGAGAGAUGGUUUUCCCCUCCUCUCCCUCCAUGUGUUCUCCUGGCAGCUAAAGGAGAAGGAAAGGGGUACUGUAAGCUCCCAAAAUUAACUCUUCAGGCUUUGCUGCUAACACUCCCUGCUUCACUCCCCCACCCCCCAACAUGCCCGGCAUCCCACAGCCCCACACCUCCAGAAAGCCAUCCCUUGGGAUCCCAGUUCCCCGCCCUACUGACAAAGGUUCUGUCCAGACAAGCACUUAACGACGGCACAGAGAGAAAUAACACUGAUCUAACCAA